GUAGUGUAGAAGAAAAGAAGACAAAAGAACUACAAUAAAUUGUUGCACUUAGGACGGAGUUUGUGUCAUACAUUUGUACUGGAAGUUCUACACUGUAAUGUGACAAGACAAUGCACAUUUCGAUCACUGUUGCUUCGUGUGUUGUUUUAAAUCGCACCACUUGCAAAUAAAUUAACCUCUAUCUUUAAACGAUUAGAAGUUACCGAUACUCUCAAAUUCCAGAGACAUUAGGAAUGUAAAGACUGUACUGAGGCUACGGAGUUGAGGCCCAUGGGUCGACCCCCUCCACAUCUCCAUCAUGCCUUUACUCCCCCCCUUCCAGGGCAGCUCCCUGUGUUCCCCACCAGUCAUUCAGUCACUCUCCCCAUACUAAUAUUGGUACAAGCACCUUGCCUCGGUUUACAUAGGCCAGCCUGGGUUGCAGAAGAAUUCGACAGUAGACAGAGGGGGAAGCUUCGAGCAUGGAGCACAAAUUAACAGAACACAGUGCCCCCUCAUUAUUCCGCUGCUCCAGUCAUUACCCCCCCCCCAACUUGAUUACGUAUGUUUCACGUCGUACACGUGUCAAUGAUGUUUUGUUGCAAUACAAGACUGCAUUGUAGCACUCACAGGUACAGGGGGCGAGGUCCACAGUCCGCUAUGAAUAGGGCGGGUGUCUGCUUUUUCUAACUUUGGGAAUAAAGGUAAAAAGGUAAAGUUGUCCCACGCCAUGAAGACAUAUGAGGAAUGAAUUUAUACAUUGACGUUUUCUUGACCUCGGCACUAGUUGGAGGUGAGUGGUCAGCUUCGCACCCCGGCCGCUUUGUCCCCAGCACCUAUUGGAUAGGCGGUGUGGGCCCCAGAGGUUGGCUGGGUUACAUAGAGGAGUGAAAAUUCUUGACUCUAUCAGGACUCUUUAACUCCGACCCCUCGGUCAUCCAGCCCGUAACUGGUCACCAUACAGACUGCGCUGUUAGCUCAAAUAGUAAAAUGUAUUGAGCACCCCUUUUACCUGCUCAACCUCAAUCUGAAAUUGCCUUACAUUUCAUACGUUUCUUAGUCACUGCAUAAAAUACGAGAUCACAUGACAGAGCAGGAACUGAACAUGUUUGCUAACAUCGGCUUUGUGUGGAGUGUUCGUUGUGUUAACAGCUGGUCCCAGCAGAGGCUAGAAACAGUUCUUUCAAAACACAAGGCAGCAGGCAUAGUGCAGAGCCCGUCGAUUUUUAUCGAUGUUGCCUUGCCUUCUUGGCAAAGGGGCGAUCUGGCCCACAACCACUGGACUGUGUCCUGGGAACAAAGGCAAAAUUGUUCCUAUGCUUAAACACCACGCCACGAAGACGUAAAAGAGAGCGGAGUUGUAACUCCUCGCAUUCUUAAUAUCGUCACUAGAUGGAUGUAAAUGUUCAGCUUCACGCUCCACCUGCUUUAUUUUUUGAGAAAGAGACCCCGGUACUCGUUAGAUAGGAUGCUGGGUACGUCCUGGAGGCGGUCACGGGGUUCCCCCGAUCGUCCAGUCUGUCACUUAAUCACUGCAGUCAACUCCGCACUUUGACGUAACACAAUAUAAGACGACAGGAAUCCAGCUGGCAGUGGAAUACAGCGGGAAGUACGUCGCAAAAUCCACGACUGCCAUCGUCACGAUCCUGUACUGUGACCAGGAAUACAGCAGCCAGCUGUGUAAGGGCACGUAGUUGACCGUGAUCGUGCAGAUCAGCCAAAACACCAAUCUCCCUUCAUCCUUCGCCUUCACGUUGUCAGGCGAGCUGCAUCUCCGACAUUCACUCACUACAUAGAAAAAUGUGGCGAACCAGAGCCCUCUGCGAUGCUCUCCUUGCACGUGGAAGCUGAAACGGAUUCGUAACGGCGUGGCUGUAAGUUCGAUAUUCUCAGCGCACUGAGCACUGCCACUGAGAAGAUCUGCACUCCAGUUGCGACGUCACGUAGUAUCCAGAAGGCCAUGAACCACCCUGACUGAUGAAACACGAGAAGUCACAUGGAAUGUAAAUCUAAACAGAUAUCUUCUGAUGAGGGUUCAGUGCUUGACAGUGUCACAGAUUUUCCUUGGUGAAGGGGCGAUUAAGGGCGAAGAGCAUAUUAUCCAAGUGGAGUCAGGUGGAAGAGCUGGGAAAAUGAGCAUGCCCAUUGCACGCCUGCAGAGAGGCACCAUUGAAAACUUCCCCCUGAAAGUCAUGUUUUCGGAUUCACCAGUCAGAUUCCAGCUGAUCAAAGGGUCUGGUCCCGUACAUGUGAUAGCAACUCACACAUUUGAUCUUGACAAAGAGUUGAAUAGUGAGUUUGUGGAAGAAGAAUCGGAAACGCAGGAUGAAGCUGAGGCAGAGACAGAACCAGAUUCAUAUUCAGAUGGAGGGUCUCCAUCCAGUGAGGCAGAUUCUGUUCCUGAGAAGAAGAAACGCAGGGUUUCAGAUGUGAAGACUAAGGGAGAUGAACCAGAGAAGCGAAAGAAAAUGAAGAAACCAAAAGGAAAAAAGAAAGAUAAAACUCCAUCUCAAGGGAAGAGCAAGAAUUAGUUACAAAUGAUGAUUCUUCUUGCAUCUGGCAUGCACUGUAAUGGAUGACAUACACAGUAAAGUUUGGUGAGAAGUAAUUACUGCGCCCUAUUGUGGAUAUUGUGGAUUUAGAAGAUCCAGGGAAUUGUUAAACAGACUUUGGAUUCUUGCUGAUAAUGCAGAUUGUGGAUGUGUCAUCAUAAUUAACUUCUUAACCACCUCCUCCCCCUAUUCCGUGUUUCUGCUUUGUGUGGUUCAAUGGAUCAAUUUUGUCAUGUUCUUCCAUACUUUAUUAUUUUAUUUUUUGUUGUCUGUGCAAUAUGUAGGAAUCUUAACACAUAGUACAAAGGUUUUUAUGUAGAUGUUGAUGCCAAUUGUACUAUACAAGAUAUUUUCCUGGACAUUACGCACUUCCAGGUGACAUCAGGGAAGCAAACUGAAAUGUAUUACUCAGGUCCGGCUAUGCAUUGUGUGUCUUCAUAAUUCAGUUUGCAGAGUAAUGUAUGUUGAGAUCAUAUUGGGAACAUAUUACUGCCCGUUUUUCUUGAAUAUGCAAUUUAUCUUAAUAUAAUUAAAUUCAGUUCACAAAACAUCACAUAAAUUGUUAAUAUAUAUAUAUCUCACAUUUUAAAAUUGGUAGGAAUUUUUCAAACCCUUGAGCAAUAACACUUGCUUUGUAGUACCACAGUCACAAGCACAUGAAUGUGAAUGCAGACUCUUUCCAAGAAA